CGCGCGCGUUCGCCUAACCGCGCCUGCUAUGGCGCGCAACCAGUGAACUGCUGUGGUGAAAGCUGUGAAAGGCCAGACACUGCAACCUAUCAGUCGCAGUGGAAAGAGCGGUGACACGUAUGCAAUCAUAUUGUAAGCUAACUGUAUUGAUGUAGGCGGUACUUUCUAUAUAUAUGUUUUGUUGGAUCACCAGCAAACGAUCUCGUGGAAGAAGUGACGGCAUCUGAAAGCUUAUUUAUAACUAGUAAAGAAAGCAACGAGCCUAACUAAUGCCGAACCCUGAGGGACGCCGGACGUUACGUGAACGACAUCAGAUUUUGCAGCGUUUACCUCAACACAGACCGCAAGUGAAGGUAUUCCUGAAUCGACGUGACUACUUGUUCGCAGCCGGUGCCUCACCGCCACAAAGCGGCGUGUUCAGCUUGCUCCUUUACUUCGGAUCUCUCUUGGCAUGUGCGACAAUGUUGGUCCGGUACGUGGUGAUCCGCAACCUGAACCGUUGCUGUCACAGAAUGGUCGACGUCCUCAACGUGGCCUCGCUCACGGUGGGACUCAUAGCGGUCUUCGGGAACCUCAUCGUGUCCGCAUAUCCCGUAUUGACUAGCCGGGCGAUCCACAACGCUGGCGCGUACACCAUGUUUCUUGCGGCUGUGCUCUACAUGACGCUAGAAACCGGACUCACCUGCUGCCUCUGUCCAGAGUACUAUGCCAAGAGGAUGGUGUGGCUGAGGUUCUCGCUCACCGCGAUGUCUGUCGUCGCCGUUAUAUUCACUGCAUGUUACCAGUUCGUUGGGGACAAUCUAUGGUCUGAAGGACUUAGUGACAAGCCGAAACAUUUACGGGAGCCUGGAGACCCGGGCUUCCGGGAGUUGCUGAUCAGCGCUAUGGGAGAGUGGUUCUUGGUGACCGUGUUCCUCGCAUUCUUCUUGACGUUUGCCUACGAGUUCCGGCGUGUGAUUGUCACCGUGGAUCUGUUUCCCCUGGUGUGCCACAUGGACGAGCACAUCGAGGUGACCCGGCUUCGUCCGCACGACUCCUACUCGUUGUUUUCUUCGGCCUCCCUUUGACUUUUCCACGUGCGCGCACUCAAGGACUACAUAUAAAGAGAGUGACGCCAGCGCUGAUUCUUAUGGAACAGCGCGGUAACGCCUUCGGAGUCGUUAUAUAUGCGGUCAUCCACAAGUCUUUCUCGUCUCUUCUUUUCUAGGGCUCGUGCAAAGAAAGAUGUUGACGAAUCUGGCGGCGCCGACUUGACGCCGUGAAUCUCGUCGCCUAUAACUUAUAGCACCUUCAAACUCUCGUUGUAUAUGCUACGUCAGUGUGCGCUCGAAAUUUGCGGCAUACGAACGGCGCGGUAGUUCGCCUCAGCAGCGGCAAGUGGCUCUUAGAAGAAGAGACGCUUAUCUCUUCACCGAGACGAAGGUGGCCCCAUCCUGACUACCCUUUGACAUACGCAUACCAUUACUUCGUUCACGGUAACGGUUGACAAUGGCAUCGGCGACGUCUGCAAAUGCGCUGAGACAAUAAUAAACCAUUUUUAUCACUUUU